UAGUUGCGGUGUGUGUGUGUAUGAGUGUGUGUGCCUGCGAGUCACAGCGGCGCCGGGGUAGCGCGGAGUGACACGGUAUGUGGCAUCGCUGCGGCUUUUAUACACCGUCGCAUUUUGAUGUCAUUGGACUGAAAGAAGGACGGAGCAUGGAAGUGACAUGUUGAGGGAAUGCCAGGACCCAGUGGACCGCAGCAUCUGUGAGGGUCUUGGGACAAGCCGCAUAAAUGACCAGUGCCCUCGCUCACCCCUGCUUCAGAUGACUUACAACUGAGGAAAGAUGUCUACUGCCACAGAGAAUGGAAGCGCAACAAGCGAAAGACCAAACGGGGAAAAAACCUACAAAAAGACAGCAUCAUCAGCGAUAAAAGGAACCAUUCAGCUGGGAAUAGGCUACACUGUAGGGAACCUUACAUCCAAACCUGACAGAGAUGUGCUUAUGCAAGAUUUCUACGUAGUCGAGAGUGUCUUCUUACCAAGUGAAGGAAGCAACUUAACUCCAGCACAUCAUUACCCAGAUUUCAGAUUCAAGACAUAUGCUCCAUUAGCAUUCCGCUACUUCAGAGAGCUUUUUGGCAUCAAGCCGGAUGAUUACUUGUAUUCGCUCUGCGGUGAACCUUUAAUAGAAUUGUCUAAUCCUGGUGCAAGUGGUUCCAUCUUCUUUGUAACCAGUGACGAUGAAUUUAUCAUCAAAACUGUUCAGCACAAAGAGGCAGAAUUCCUUCAGAAGUUGCUCCCCGGCUAUUACAUGAAUUUAAAUCAGAAUCCCCGGACACUACUACCGAAGUUUUAUGGACUUUACUGUCUUCAGUCAGGAGGUAUAAACAUUCGACUUGUGGUCAUGAACAAUGUAUUGCCACGUUCCAUGAAGAUGCAUUUCAAGUAUGAUCUCAAAGGAUCAACAUAUAAACGGAGAGCGUCUCGAAAAGAACGUGAAAAAUCCAGCCCCACAUAUAAAGACCUGGAUUUCCUGCAAGACAUGCAUGAAGGAUUGUAUUUUGACCCUGAUACCUACAGUGCAUUAAUGAAAACACUACAGAGAGAUUGCCGUGUGUUAGAAAGUUUCAAGAUUAUGGACUAUAGCCUGCUGCUUGGAGUUCAUGUACUCGACCGUCCACCCAAAGAAAAAGAGGGAGAGACGUCUCACUAUUCCAUAGACAAUAAACGGCCGUCAGUGCAGAAAGUUCUGUACUCCACUGCCUUGGAGUCUAUACAGGGUCCUGGGAAGGCUGUGGAUGCUGUCACAAAGGAGAACACAAUGGGAGGUAUCCCUGCAAAGAACCAUAAAGGAGAAAGAAUGCUGCUUUUCAUGGGUAUUAUCGAUAUUCUCCAGUCUUACAGGCUGAUAAAGAAAUUGGAACAUUCAUGGAAAGCAUUAGUUUAUGAUGGGGACACAGUGUCGGUUCAUAGGCCAAGUUUUUAUGCAGAUAGAUUUUUGAAGUUUAUGAAUUCCAGGGUCUUCAAGAAAGUCCAAGCUUUAAAGUCAUCACCCUCUAAGCGACGAUGCAAUUCUAUCCCAGCUUUGAAGUCUUCAUCACAGGAGAUUCUGUCUGCCAACACCCAUGAGUCUUUGGAAGAGAAGGAGAAAAACAAAAAACUGACAGAAGGUCAGAGUUUCACCAGUCUGGAUGAAGAGGCAAUAAAUUCAAGGCACCGGCCUGACCUUGUGCCAAGCACGCCAUCCUUAUUUGAAGCUGCUUCCCUAGCAACGACAAUAUCCUCUUCAUCACUGUUUGCAGAUGAUCAGUAUCACCAUGAAGACACAAUUCGCUAUUCUAGCAGGAGAGGACUACCGUCAAGUUCUACGUUCACGCUAGAAGACAGUGCGUACCAAACAUCUGAGCAGAGCACAAUAGAAAUGGACAAUGACAAUGAUGCCUUUGAUGUCUACUUAUAAAAAGACGUGCAGGAUUCUUCUUGUGAGAGACAGCUUGCUGUAAAACACAGUUUUCUAAGUGGGUUUUAUGUGAAGAGGAGAUUCACUGACAUUUCUGUGGACACGAGAGCGCAGUUACGUCAUCUGCCUUGAUCUGACAUACUUUGCUGGUGGAAACGGGAGAGGACAGUUAGUUGCACUUUGCUUAUGGAACUGUGAAGAACUCUUACAAAGCAUUAACAUUUCUGCUUCCAUUGCUGCAAACCACCUUGGACCUUGGAGUGACCACAUGGUGUUUCCUUUGCAUGUUUUCCGCUGUGAGUGGCAUGACACAUGACCUGUUGACCUUCUAAAACUCCAUACAAAAGAUCAUAAAUGCGAAGUAAAUGAAGUCGUUUUUCCUUCUUCCUUCUGAAAUCUAGACUGAGAUCUGUCUUGUUGGGUUGCAGUAUAAUUUCAUGCAGCUUCUGUGUACUUAUACAUCCUGACGAUCUGCUUCAGUAAAGAUGUUUCCAAUAUGUUUACUAUAGACACUGAAGACUAUGUGCUCUUUAUAACUAAGCCUUAUGUUGUGUACAUACUGUCUUUGAAAUAUUGUGAUCUAGUUUAUUGCUUGUAAAUGACAAAUUCUAUAAUUUAUUUAGACAAAAUUAACUGUAUACUAUAGUUUUAUGGAUGAAAAAAAUAAAUAUUUUGUUCUCAGUA